UUCAAUUUCUUAUGAAUGAAUAAGUAAUUGUUUCUUAAUUUAGUUCUAAUUUCAAAGAACACAAUUCCUUGAAAACGGAUAAAGAAAGCAAACAAAGGGUUGACCAUUGAAGGGGAUUUAUGGUUCCCCUUUAUUUCCUCUUCAUUUCUCAUUUUACUUAUUUAAUGAAGCUAUGAAUUUAUCAUUGUUAGAUAAUCAUUCCAAAUUCAAAUGGAUUGUUGAUAAAUUAACAGAAAAAUUUACAAAGAAAAAUUACCUAAAAAGGAUUAGAGAAAAUGAGAGAGACAAAAACCACCAUUGUUGGGAUUAAACUUCUAAUGAUAUUUGGUUUUGUAAUGAUAUUUCCAACACUAAAGGCUAAUAUUGCAGAUUUUGAUGAAGUUUGGCAGAAAAGAGCUAUAGAAGCACAAAAAGCUUCCUUUGAGGCCUACGAACCCCAUCCAGAAGAAGAAACUAAUAAUUUCAACAAGCAAGUUCAUAGAUCUUUAGAUGGUGGAAAUAACACAAGGAGACAUUUGAGGAAGUACACUGGUCCAUGUUUAGCCACGAAUCCGAUUGAUCGAUGCUGGAGAUGCGAUAGAAAUUGGGCUAGAAACCGUAAGAAACUAGCUGAUUGUGCCCUUGGUUUCGGUCGUCGAACGACCGGAGGCAAAGAUGGAAAGAUUUACGUGGUCCGAGAUUCAAGUGAUAAUGACUUGGUGAAUCCUAAACCAGGAACCUUGCGCCAUGCUGUGAUUCAGGAGAGACCUCUUUGGAUUAUAUUUGCUCAUGACAUGGUGAUUAGGCUAAGUGAAGAGCUUAUAGUGACUGAUGAUAAAACAUUAGAUGGGCGAGGUGCCAAUGUGCACAUUGCUAAUGGUGGUCAAAUUACUCUACAAUUUGUGAAGAAUAUAAUCAUCCAUAAUCUUCACAUUCAUGACAUCAAGGCUGGCAAUGGAGGCAUGAUAAGAGAUUCGGUGAGCCACUAUGGAUUCCGAACACGGAGUGAUGGUGAUGGAAUCUCGAUGUUCGGAGCCUCGAGGGUUUGGAUCGAUCAUGUUUCAAUGUCUAAUUGUCAAGAUGGACUAAUAGAUGCAGUCAUGGCAUCUACUGCCAUUACCAUUUCCAACUGCCACUUCACCCACCAUAAUGAUGUGAUUUUAUUAGGUGCAAGUAAUGGCUACUCGAAUGAUCAGAUAAUGCAGGUAACUCUUGCAUUUAAUCACUUUGGUAAAGGGUUGGUGCAAAGGAUGCCGAGAUGUCGAUGGGGAUUUAUCCAUGUAGUCAAUAAUGACUACACUCACUGGCUUAUGUACGCCAUCGGCGGCAGCCACAACCCCACCAUUAUCAGCCAGGGGAACCGUUUCAUUGCUCCACCAAAUCCAAAUUGCAAAGAGGUGACGAAAAGGGUGUAUGCACCGGAAAGCGAAUGGAGAUCUUGGAACUGGAGGUCAGAGGGAGAUCUGAUGAUGAAUGGAGCUUUCUUCAUCCAAUCUGGGAACCCCAUCAAAAGAUACUCCAAGAAAGAUGUUAUCCAUUCGAAACCCGGGACCUUCGUCACAAGGCUUACACGAUUUGCAGGUCCUCUGAAAUGUAAAAAGAAUCAACCCUGUUAGUGAAAUUCUUUACAUCACCUUCAAAUUAUGAUGUGUAUAAAAUACUCAAAGUUCAAAUGAACCCUGUAAUCAGCAGAGGUUUUUAGUACUAAAGAUUUAGAUAGAAGAUAAACCUACAUAAAUAUGGCAGCUUUUGCCUUUGUGAAGUUAUGCAUCACUUAUGUGAAUAUUACUAUUACCUACUGAAAUAAUAUUGGUUAUUCAUCUUUUGAAAGUUGUUUA